AAAAUGGUAACGGAUGACAGAAACGUCAGUGGUUGGCGCUUAAUUUUUUGACACAAAUACAAACAAUACCACAAAAUUUCAUCGUAUUUCUGUGUACUGUUUAAAUUAUUUCUAUAUAUUUUAUCGACCACAAAGAAGCGAUUGUGAAUUUUAUUUAUUAAAUGCAAACGUCAUAAAAAUUAAAUGUGAAAUAAUUAACGUAUUUGAAAUGAUAGGUAGGUAACGAGAAAAAAAUUGGGAUACAUCACAAUAGUUUCGUAAACUAAAUACGUUGAAUUGAAUUGAUGGACGUAAUUUUUAGUUUUAUUAAUUAUUAAAGCAAAAACCUACCAUGGAAUCAACUAAAGUUUGCUCUUCCCCUACCUAUAAAAAUCUUAAAUUAAAACAAGUUCAGUCACCAAAGGAACUGAAAGAAAAAUUAAGAAAGGAUUAUAAGAGUAAGGUACAAAAUUGUCGCAAUAUGCUGAUGAAUAGAUUUCGUAGCACAGCAGGAGAGACAGAACUUCGGAGUACUUUAACAAACAUUUACAAUGACAUAUUUCAAGAUUCCAACAUUGAAAGUUUAAAAAGUGAGAUUUUAUUAGAUAGUGAAGAAAUGAAAAUAUUAGAAGAAAUUAAACAAGAAUUAAUACAAGAAGAACUUGAUUGGUGUAUUGAAGAAUAUGAAACAUCACAAAUGGAUAAUGUAGAUUGGUCUUUGCUCCAAGAUGAAAAUAUUAUUUGUCCAAUAUGCCAGAAAUAUAAUUUUACUCUAAGCAAUAAUAUAUUAUCUUGUUCAUUUUGCAAUGUAAAAGUUACAACUGACAAAUCAUUAAAGGACAUUAAAAAGGUAAUUUUUGAUAGUUUAGACAAACAUAGUACCACAUGCAAUGUCACUGUACAGUUUUCAGCAGUUUGUGAACUAAAUGAGACUCACAUUUAUUUAAUUUGUGAAAGUUGUAUGGAUAUGAAGUUAAUUGUUUAAUUAUUUUUGUUUUAUAUUAUUGAAUGUUUAAGAGUGGUGAUGAUGUAUCUAUGUAUAUUAUAUAUGUUACUGUUAAAUUGUAAAAUACUUUAGUUUAUAAUCUCAUUCGUAUUAUUAUAAUCUACCGUCAUCUUCUUCUAAUGGUUUCACUUCUGAUAGAUUAUAAUAUACUGAAAAAUAACUCAUUAAAUUAUAAUCAGUAUUUUCAGUUCACAAUAUGAUGGUACAUUAUAAUAUCACGAGUGAGAUUAUAAACUAAUGUAUUUUACAAUCUAACAGUGACAUAUAUAUAAUUUAAAAUAACACAAGAUUAAUUUCAGAAUAUAGUAAUGAUUGAUGAUUAUUUGAUUAAUACUAAUGUGAUGCUAAGCAUACUGAUGACAUAGCUUACUACAACCACCCAGCACUCCCUUGUCUCAAACGCUUAGCAUAUGAAAUUCCAUAAAGACAAAUGUUGAUAUUGCCACAGGUUUGCUUAACUUCCUCGAGCUUACAAGGCUGCAUUUUGAGUGCUAGUUCGCUCCAAUGUGAUAUGACUUUACCCUUGAAUAAAUUAUAAUUAUUGUCCUAUGUAUGUAUAUGUAUUUAUGUAAUUGUAUGUAAUAGACAUGCUGUUAAUAACAGUGUCAGUGAAUUGUUUUCCAAGUUGUGUAAGCUUUGUUAACCCCUUCUGUUGUUUUAAUUUAUUAAUAGAUUUUGGCCUACUCACUGCAGGCCUAAAUCAAUAAGAGUAAAAUUGUUGAUUUUUUUUCUUAUGUAAUAUUUAAAAAUGGAAGUAUAAAAUAUGACUUUAUCGUUGAAUAAAUUAUAAUUAUUGUUCUAUGUAUGUAUAUAGUAUGUAUGUAUUAGACAUGCUGCCAAUAACAGUGUCAGUGCAUUCUUUUCCAAGUUGUGUUAGCUUUGUUAACCCCUUCUGUUGUUUUGAUUUAUUAAUAGAUUUUGGCUUACUUACUGCAGGCCUAAAUCAAUAAGAGUAAAAUUGUUGAUUUUUUUUCUUAUGUAAUUAAAAAUGGAGGUAAAAAUAAUUAUAUUCAGAUUAACACUAACAUAUUAUAUAAAAUGUGAUUAAAAUGAGAAUGCAAAAUAAAUUGUUAAAUAAUUUAUAAUAAAAAUAAUAUAGACAUCAGAC